GAGAGAGGUUUUGUAAGAUAAAUGCUUUGAGCCUACAAUGAAUGUUCCUGCCUCUUUAAAUCAUCACCACCACCUAACCCUCCCUCUGGGCUCACAGGAGCUGUGAGUCUCAAAGACUUCCUCUAUGCAGAGUGGAAGGAAACAGCCUGCCACCCUCAAAACUGAAGGGGAAGCAGAGAUCAGGGCCUUCUUGGAUCACCGGUGAGAGCCUGUCACCAGGAAAGGCGAACCCCGCAGGGAGCAGGAGGAACAUGGGUCUGAGAGCAUUUACUGUCUGAGCACCCGGUCUCCACCAGGCACCUUUCGGGCCAGAGACCCUAAGGUAGAUCUUCAGUCCGUGAGCAAACUCUUAUUCUCGGGGUUUUCUGAAGCCCACCCUCCAUCACCACCCUUGCUGCUGAAACUCCUGGGAAAUCUUGUUUCCGACAGCCUACAUCACUGACAAAGGUAAUCAUGGGAGGACGGAAGAUGCCAAGAGAUGAAGAAAAUGCCUACGGUAAGAACACGUCUCACAAUGAGUGUUUGUCCCCAGGAGUGAGCUCUACGUAGUAGGGGAAUGGGCUAAUUCAAGACUGAACAGAGAGAAGUCGAGAGGUGACUCAAUGCUGGGGUGAAGCAGCAAGAGGCCUGGGGCUGGCACUUCACCUGGAUUUGUAUCCCCGCCCUGCUGUGAGAUAUUAAGUUCUUUGACUAACCUGAAGCUCUGGUCCCAAAGUAAAAUGAAUAAACCGAAGGCGACGCAGAAGGCAUCAGAUAGUAUAUUAGAGAGAACAUGAUUCACCAGGUAGAAAGCGUUAGGGAACACAGAUGGAGGUUAUUAGACAGCAGUUUUGAGAGAAGAGAGGAGGAGGAGGGAGGGAAGGCCUGGUCUUAUCCUCCCAACAGCCGAUGAGGACAGUGCUACAAUAUUGAUUCCGUUUGUGCAGAUGAGGUUUACCACUUAGAUUAAGCAGCUCCCCAGGGUUACAAGGAUGGUAGAGGACAGGUCUAUGAUUCAAACCCCAGCUUUGGAACUCCAGAUAGCCCUCCCGGCUGGGCCCACUGCCCCACCCCUUUCUCCAGUGGGACAGUACCAGGGAAAAUAAGACAGAAAUUGUCAUUGGGGACCAGCUCUGCACAGCCUGGAUGACAGAUCAUUUCAGACGAAGUAAUGGCCUGUAUUACAAAGGCGCAUCCUCUAGAGAGACGUUCAGCAGCUGCUGGAGCACCUACAGGUGCACGUGUGACGCCAAAGACGGGAGAAACAGAGGGGUAGAGACCCCUUGGAGUGCCCAAAUCUCACACCAGGUCACUCAGUAAAGGUCUGGCCCCAAACACAACCGUGGAAGCGCUCUGUUCUUUGCUCGCGAGGCGUCCAGGAGACCCGGGGACCAGGACAUGUUGCUCUCAGGUUCCGAAGCUUACAGGCCGCCGGUGCCCACAGGUUUCCAGGAGCCCAGGUCCGCCCUGCAGGAGCGCAGGCUGCGCCUCCUCCUGGCCGGGAGGUCGGGGACCGGGAAGAGCGCCACGGGCAACAGCAUCCUCCAGCGGAAGCACUUCCUCUCCAGGCUCGCGGCCACGGCGGUGACCAGCGCCUGCGCCACGGGGAGCUGCCGCUGGGCCUCGGGGGACGUGGAAGUCCUCGACACCCCCGACCUCUUCAGCCCCGAGGUCGCCCAGGCAGACCCGGGCUUCGAGGAGAGAGGCCGCUGCUACCUGCUGUCGGCCCCGGGGCCCCACGCCGUGCUCCUGGUGACCCAGCUCGGCCGCUUCACCGCCCAGGACCUGCGGGCCUGGCAAGGGGUGAAGGCGCUCUUCGGGGCGGGCAUCGCGGCGCGCACCAUCGUGGUCUUCACCCGCAGGGAGGACCUGGAGGGGGGCUCGCUGCAGCAGUACGUGCGCGACACCGACAACCGCGCGCUCCGGGAGCUGGUGGCCGAGUGCGGGGGCCGCUGCUGCGCCUUCGACAACCGAGCGGCCGACGGGGAGCGGGAGGCGCAGGUCGGGGAGCUGAUGGGGCUGGUGGAGGAGCUGGUGAGGGACCAGGGCGGCGCCCCCUACACCAACGACGUGUACCGCCUGGCGCAGACCCUGGGCGGGCUGAGCCCCGAGGAGAGGCUGCGCAGGGUGGCGGAGCGACUGGCUGCCCACGCGCCGUCGUGGCCGGAGCGCUGGCCUCUGGCUGGGCAGUGGCGAUGGCCCAAGGCAGGGCCGGGGACCCGGUAUAAGCUGGGCCUGGCGGCCCUGCUGGGCGCCCUGUUCCUGCUGUACCUGCUCUGCAGGCGGCGACCCGAGGCGGUGACGGUGUGACCUCAGUCUUGCAGGUCACCUGGCAAAAAAGGACCUGGACACUUGGAUCUGAAGGGGGAUUUCAAAGGAAUCAGAGUUUUUGGAAAUUUCAUGCUUACUCCAGCACAUAGUUUUAAAAUAAAGUUGUACCACUUUAAAACAUCCCUAAAA